AUGAAACAUUUAAAUACUUUUUUACAACAAUGAUACCAUGACAACAUCAACUGUUUACACUAAACAAGUAUGGCGACCCGGGAAAAUUUAAAGAAGUUAUCCAUCGACAAUCUCCGCAAACUCGCUACAGAUCUUAAUAUAAACACCACCAAAGUAAAAAAAGAUGACUUAGUAGGUAGUUUGCUGGUCCACAAUGUUGCAGAAACAAGUUUAACUCCGGUUCGAGCUGUGUCUGAAGCUACAAACAUAGGUCCAGGAGCUAGCGGGAAAGAGAAUCUACCCCCGUUCCUGUCAGUACACUAUUCUCCUCUUCCACCUACCUUUUUCGACAGCACUCCAAAGCCAUCCUUUGCAUGCAUCUACAAUUUCAUGAUUCUGAGAUCAAGAGAUGAUGGUGGUAAUGUCAAAAACUUCAAAGGACUUGACAGAUCUGUGAAGCAUUUUGAUGCUGGGGAUAUCCAUGAAAUAUGUUUUUCAAGGAUUGAUGAAGUAACAUUUUACCUAAAAUGUUUCUGUCUGGCGUCUAUGAAGAAGCAGCGCUAUCAAGUUUAUGUGUUAGCCCAGUCAUGUUGCCAAAUUGGUGGAUUGCUGUUCGCAUUGUCUAACAGCCCCUCUAGUAAGCAGCAACAACAGGAUAAGAGCUGCACAUCAUUGCCAUGCCAGUGGAAGGUCCCUAGAUCCGUCAACCAGAAGGCUCAACCACUGAAAUGUCUUGAUUUAUCAAGACCCAAGCUAAACAAGGAUAAACAGGAAAAGACCACCAGCAUAGCAACUUUUGAUCCAAGACACUCAACUGACAGAGCUCCUGAUAUAAACAGAGCCCUAGAUCAUCUAUCAGAGCUAAAAUCAGUAUUUCCCAACAGUGGUAUGUGUAGCCUUUGGAACAUCCCUGAUAAGGCCCCAGAAGCAAUGGUUGUUGAGGAGGUCACUACAACAGAGUCUCCACUUCUGCUCGCUAUGAGAAAAAUGGUGUUUACUUUAGACAAUAUUCCACCAGUUGCGAUAAGCCUGGAAUUAGUGACAUUUAUUGAAAAGGAGACUUGCGACCAAAGAAAAAACCAAAUGUGGAAAUACCUUCACAUAGGACGUAUCACAAGCAGUAUGUUUGGGGAUAUUCCCAGAUGUCAUUCCUCACAAGAGCAUCUGGUGAAACAUAUUUUAGAAGGAUCUAGCUUGGAUAGGUACACUUCUGCUUUCAAUUGA